CGCACUGUAGCACCAUCGCUUGAUGCGGCUCAUUGGACGCUCGUUCUGACCAGCCAACGGGAAUCUCGAAGCUUGCAGCUUGCCCAGCCCAAUGACACAAAAUGAGGCUUGCAACUAGAAUGCAGUGCUGACAGGAGAUAAAUACCCCGCUCUUCAUCGUGCUUCAAGUGCAAGAAAGGAGCCGAUAUCCUGUUGGCACCGUUCUCUCUCAGUCCUCCCUUUGCCUUCGUGACCAUCUUAGUAGCUGGCAUUCUGCACAAGAUGGCUGCUUCUUUCGUUGACUUGGCUGGCAUCGCCAAAUUGGGUGUACAGCUUGCUACGAAGCUCGCAAUCUAUCAACUCGGCACCUCUGGAUCAGAUAGCGAUAUCCACAGUCUCAGUGACGAUGUUCUUGCUACAGCGGCAGCACUAAGCCAGCUGCGGGAAUUUCUCGCCUCUGAUGCACUUGAGGUAUCACCCGUCUACCGGUACGCCGGCCGAGAGGCCAUCGGAGAUCUUGCAACGAGAUGUGGAAAGGUGUACACUACCAUCAUCCGCAGCGUUUACAGGGCAAGUCUUGCUGUCAAGGUUGUCACAGAUGUAGACUUUGAGACACUUGGCACGGAGGACCUGAAGGCAUCCAGACUGCAUGCCAUCAGCGACAACAUGGACUGGGGCGUGAUCGAGGAAGUCAUUGAGACGAGCGAGGUCCAACUGCGCUGGCUCAAAGCCAGUCUGCUCCUCCACAUUCAAGUAGCUGGUAUUGCCGGCCUCCAAAUCAAACCAAGAUACCCUGGAAGCUUUGACGAGGAACUGGCCUCGAGGAGUCUGGCAAUGCGCUUGUUGACGUGCAAGGGCAAAGCCGCCAAAGAGCUCGUUGAAAUGACUGAGAGAAAGGAACGUUUGGCGCUUGCAGACAAGCCUGACACUGAGAGCGUUUACGAAUCUUCGGCAGCAUCAUCAGUCAGUGGCAGCGAUGUUGAUGAUGAUGCAGAAUCCUGGAAGUCUGGCGAGACUGCCAAUGACUCCAGGGCGCCAUCUGUUUGUGGUGAUAAGACGGAGGAGAAUGCCAAGGUCACGCCCGUCGUUGAAAUUGACACGCCUCCUCCUCCGCCACCGCCGAUGGCUGCCCCGACAAGCUUCUGGCACCAGCCAUGGGAUGGGGGCCCUGACGCAGGCCCGGUUGAAAUCAAGCUGUUAGCACCAAAGCGUCGAUUCCCAGCCAAGGUCUUCAAGUCUGUUGGCAAAUGGUUCAAGGGUAUUUUCAGCCGCAACACCAUACCAUCUAUCACCGACCUGGAGCUCGAGGCGACGGUCCUGAGGAAUGGGCCGUUCCCAGAGUCCUUCUUGGCAUUGGAGCCCAAGAUGCUCCGUCUCGAGCUGAAGCGCAUCCUGAAGCAAAGCUCCAAGAUCCCGGGCGACGCGUUCCUGAUUCAGGACGACCAACUUCGUUCUGCCGUUCAAGGUGCUCUCUUCCGCGCCCAGAGAAAGGAUGGCCGCACCAGGCAGCUCAUCACUGUGGACGUCACCACCCGUCCGGAUGUCGCGGUUGUGUACAUGUCGGUCGAUCCGGCGGCAGAACCCGUUCACAUGACUGAUGUUCUGGGUCGAAAGUACGAUAUUCCGUUUGAGCAGUGCCGCACCGUUCAAGGUGCGCGCGUAUCAAUCCACCAGCGCUUCAAAGACGUCAACAGGCUUUGGAACCUCGUAAGGGACGGAGUAUACGAGAUCGUCGACGAAAACGACACCGUCAUCACGCCAGAGGCAUGGCAAACAACUAUCAAGCCCGGCGCCGUCCUCCACAUGCGCAUCUCGGCCUUCAACGACGGCACGAACGCAGGCGUCUUCGUACCACCCGGCGCACCGGACCCGCUCACCUGGGCCGAGCCUUACACGCCGCCGCCAAUGCCACCAGGCUGCUGGAGAGGGCCCCCCAUGCCUCGGGGAAUGCGCCCGCCGGGAUUCUGCCGUCCUGGAGGUCCGGGGCCGAAGGGAUGCAUGCCUCCUCCUCCGCCGCCACCUGCUGCUUUCCCGCGCGUGAUCACAGUUGAGCCUAGAGAGCGCGCUGAACUCGGCUUCGAGCCUGACUUUGGGCCGAUCCUGACGCGAGAGGAAGACCUGGGCGAGGGGCGGAAAGACCUCGGUCGGUGGGUUGCUUUGUGGACUAAUGCUACGGACACGGAUUUCACCUCUGACUCGGGCGGUAUCCCGUCUUAUGAUGAUGCUUCUUCCAUCAUGUCUGGGUCGUCCUCGUCUUCGGAUGAGAUUGUGGAUGAUUGAAUCAUCUAACGUUUGUUCCUCCUCGUUAGCAACGUGGCUCUGAGGUUUUAAGCCU